AUGGAUUUGUGGAACACUUUGGGUCAACUGCCUCGUUGGCAGCCUUUGAGGGAGCAUGUGGAUAUAUGCAGCGUGUAUAGUGGAACUACAGUAGUCUCUAUAAGCAUUACCACUUGGUCCAAGACAACGGAUGUAAAUUUAUCCAACUCCUUAAAUGGUUUGAGCUUGAUGGGAAUUUUGGAUGCGAGAGCUGGCAAUGGUAUCCAGAGUCUUCAAAACUGCAGUUCAAGGGCGCCGAGGUCUCUCUCGUUGCCUGCAUACGAGCCCAGCCAACAUUGCAGUGCUUUAGAAGACUGUCAUAGCCUUAAAUCUGUGGAUUCUGGUAUUCCAACUCUAGAAAUAGGAAAUCCAGAGCCUGUUCAUUGCAGUGUGCUGCAUGUGAAGAGGAAGCAGUCGGAACCCGAAAUCGUGCCUGAUAGAGCUUUUCAGAGCGCGUGCGCGCUGCCCUCCUUCGUGCCUCCGCAUCCGCUGGCUUCCGAGCACGAGCCUCCGGUGCGGAAAUCCUCCACCUUCCCCAGAACGGGCUACGACAGCGUCAAACUUUACAGCCCAACCGCCAAAGCUCUGAAUCGAAGCGAUGACAUCUCGGUCUGCAGCGUGUCUAGUCUUAGCACAGAGCUGUCGACAACUUUAUCUGUUAGCAACGAAGACAUUUUGGACUUUGUGGUCACGAGCAGCUCGAGCGCGAUUGUGAAUCUCGAGACUGACGAUGCGCACUUCUCGGACGUCACCCUGAACUCCACCAAGGAGACCGGUGAUCAGAGCCAGCAGGAGUGUUGUCAGGAGGCAGAUGUGGACAGUAAACUGAAAAUCUUGGGACCUUUUACCAACUUCUUUGCCAGGAACUUGUUUACCAGAAAGCAAAAUGCAAGACUUGAAAAACCAAGUGAUGUGGGAUGGAAGUUGUUUGGAAAAGUACCCGUCAGAGAAAACUCCCAGAAAGAUCCAAAGAAGUUGCAAAAGGAAUAUGAAGAAAAAACUGGACGAUCUCACAGGCCACUUUCUCCCAAACAGAAUGUGAGGAAGAAUCUUGAUUUUGAACCACUCUCCACGACAGCGCUUAUUUUAGAGGACAGGCCAGCGAACCUCCCUGCAAAACCAGCAGAAGAAGCUCAGAAACAUAGACAACAGUACGAAGAAAUGGUGGUUCAAGCAAAAAAAAGAGAGCUUAAAGAAGCCCAGAAGAGAAAGAAACAACUGGAAGAACGCUGUAAACUGGAAGACAGCAUUGGCAAUGCUGUUUUAACUUGGAACAAUGAAAUCUUGCCCAACUGGGAAACUAUGUGCUGCUCGCGGAAGGUCCGGGAGCUGUGGUGGCAGGGCAUUCCGCCGAGCGUGCGCGGCAGGGUCUGGAGCCUGGCCAUCGGCAACGAGCUCAACAUCACCCACGAGCUCUAUGAUAUAUGCCUGGCUCGUGCAAAAGAGAAAUGGCGAUCACUUAGCACAGGAGGGGCCGACGUGGAGUGUGAGGAUGCUGGGUUUUCUGCAGCUGACAGAGAAGCAAGUUUGGAGUUGAUAAAACUGGAUAUCUCAAGAACGUUUCCUAAUCUCUGUAUUUUCCAGCAGGGUGGUCCUUACCAUGACAUGCUGCACAGUAUUUUAGGAGCCUAUACUUGUUACAGACCUGAUGUAGGCUACGUGCAGGGCAUGUCGUUCAUUGCAGCGGUGUUGAUCUUGAACUUGGAUACUGCAGAUGCCUUCAUUGCUUUUUCUAACCUUUUGAAUAAACCCUGUCAGAUGGCGUUUUUCCGUGUGGACCAUGGCCUUAUGUUGACUUACUUUGCCGCAUUUGAGGUAUUCUUUGAAGAAAAUCUGCCAAAGUUAUUUGCCCACUUCAAAAAGAAUAAUCUGACUCCAGACAUCUAUCUUAUUGAUUGGAUAUUCACACUGUACAGCAAAUCGUUGCCACUAGACUUGGCAUGUCGUGUCUGGGAUGUGUUCUGCCGUGAUGGGGAAGAGUUCUUAUUCCGAACAGCCUUGGGAAUAUUGAAACUUUUUGAAGAUAUUUUGACCAAAAUGGACUUUAUUCACAUAGCCCAGUUUCUAACAAAGCUACCCGAAGAUUUGCCUUCAGAAGAAUUCUUCGCAUCUAUUGCUGCCAUUCAGAUGCAAAGUAGAAACAAAAAAUGGGCUCAGGUACUGGCUGCUCUGCAGAAAGAUAACCGGGAAAUGGAAAAAGGAAGCCCAUCCCUCAAGCGCUAA